UGUUUUUGGCCGUCGUGUUCUUUCCUAUUUAAACUCUUAUUCACACUCCAGACUCAAUAGAUACAGUGUAAGAGAAGAUACAUAGAGAGACUUGAAUACACAAACUCUCUUCUCCGAUCCAAAGGUUAUAAGCAAAGAUGGACGUUUUUGAUGGACUUCCAGAUCCUAUCGUCGUCGAUAUCUUGGACAAAGUCGGCGACGUCAAAACCUUGCUUCGUUGCAGUUCCCUCUCUAAGCGAUUCUACUCGCUCGUCCCUCAGUCCGAGUCACUCACCCUCCGUCUCGACCAAGUCGUUACCACCGAGUCACCACCCGAUUCUCCCGUCAGCAACUUCUUUAAAUCUGUAUGCAAACCCUUUCACGGUUUGUUCUCUCUGUUUUCUAAACCGGCUAAACCAAUCCCAGCUACAAAUCUUUCUCCGGUUAUCCCUUCCAAGCUUCUCUCCCGGUUCGACCGGAUCAAGAAUCUUGACGUGGAGCUUCCCGGCGAAGAUGCAAAGCCGGAGAAAGGCGCCGGAAUUAAGUGGAAAGCAGAGUUUGGUAAAACUCUCAAAACAUGCGUCGUUGUAGCGUUUCGCUCCGCCUCCACCGUGUCUUCUCCCGGCGUUGAGUCAGACGCCGAGUUCGUGACUGGUCUGAAGACGCGCGUGGAAUGGACGAUUAACGCGUUGAUGGCCGCGUCGACACGCCACCACCUGAUGAGCCGAGUCGUGAAGGAGCACAAGGAGAUGGAGAGCUUAGUGAUGCAUGAAAGAGGUGGAGAAGGGACGGUGGUGAUGAAAUCCGAGGGGCUGAGAGAGUUUCGAAAGACGGAGGCCGCGCGUGAUCAAGAACUCGAGGAGCGCGUGGAGAAAAAACAGAGGAGUGUGGUCCCGAGCGUGAGGAUGAGCAUGAGACACGCGCCGUCGCUUAAGCUAAAGAGUGGUAUAUGUUUAGAAUCCGCAACGCUCGUGAUCGUAAGGCCGAGCGAGGAAUAUUCCGACGUCGGAGAUGAUGAGCUGGCUACGGAGGCUUUCGCCGGGAGUUGUAUGUACGGUGAAGCGGUCGUCGCUUUGUUAAAGCGUAAUAAGAAUACGUUAGAUAUGAAUUCCUUUUAGUGGGCCUUGUGGGGCUUUCUGCGUUUUUCAUUUGUAAGAUAUGUUUUUCUUUCUUGCACGUGUGCUUGCUUGUGCAGAGUGCGCAUGUUUACACUGUACAAAGUUGGCUUCAACAUUCUUGACUUUGCAUACCAUUUUGGUCAAUAAUUCGAAGCAUGUGCGGACUUUGAUCCUCUCGUGACCAGAAAGAUACAAUAACAUGGUAUGAAU